AUUAAUCAUGGAUCAUCUCCCAUCUAUACGUCGACGUUCAUCGUUGUUUACGAUAAAUCCGGUUGAUUCCGGCUCAACCUCUACUGAACUCGUUAGAUAUGAGAAGCAGCUCCGUUUCGAAAUAAAACAGUGGACUCAUUUGCUUCGUGCGAAAUCUAAAAAAAUGCAGCAACUACGGUCAGCACCCUGCCAAAUCGAUCAAACUUUUCUGAGUGAUGAACAACGAAAAUAUCUGGCCGACAGUCCAAAGGUUGAUCAAUUCAUUGCAGAAACGGAAGCAUUCGAUAAGGCUGUCACCGCUUACGUUAUACGUAAAUCAUUUCUGAUGGAAAGGAAUGCUCAUAUCGUUCAAGAAGUGAAAGCGUUGGUGGAACUCGAGCUUAAAGAUAAAAUAGCAAACGAAUUGGAAGAAAGUAUUGUUCCUUAAGAAU